AUGUCUGUGGUGCUGAAGAACUUAUAUCAUGGGUAUUUUUGGAUUUUCGAUGAAUUAUCAGAUGUCAGGACCAGCAACUUACUAUUCAGUUCACCAUUUAGCAUCAUAGCAGUGAUGGUUAUUUAUGUCCAUGCCGUAAAAAUAUGGGGACCAAAAUUGAUGGAAAAUAGACAACCGUAUAAUAUCAAGAAUAUCAUUAUGACCUAUGAUAUUUUACAAAUUCUAUUGAAUACUUACAUCUCUGUACAAGCACUUCGUCAGGUUGCAAUCAUUCAAAUCGAUUGUGGAGCUAUAGAUUGGUCUGAUAACCCUAAAUCUCUAGAACAACUAUCUAUUAUGAAAUACUUUUUCGGUUUGAAGUUGGUGGAUCUGGUAGAAACGAUUUUCUUCGUGCUGAGAAAGAGUUAUAGGCAAAUCAGCUUCCUACACGUUUAUCAUCAUGCUGGUAUGGUGUUAUGCUCCUAUCUGGGUUUCCGAUUUUUCGGCGGUGGCCUGAGCCUAUGGCUUCCCAUGCUUAAUGGAUUCGUCCACGUUGUUAUGUUCGUCUACUACUUUCUGACUGCUGUUGAUAGCAGUUGGAAACAAAGCACUGCUUUCAAAAGGACACUCACUCAAAUACAACUGAUACAAUUCGGUGUAUUCAUUGUUGUAUACGGAAGUGUGUUCUUCAGGAAAUGCGAGUAUCCCAGCUUCGCCUGCUAUCUCUUCGUUCCCCAAAAUGUGUUCAUGAUAUUAUUAUUUGGUGACUUUUAUUUGAAAACUUAUGUGUUCAGUAAAUCUAAGAAUGUGAAAAAUGCGAAAUGA